AUGUCUGGAUACAGGGGUGUGGAGCGCCAAGCCGCCUACUGUGGCGCCCCACCUGCUCCCACAAACGGUAUAGUAGACACCUCUGAAGACACCACGUACCAAUCGGUGGUGUCCUACUCGUGCAAAGCGGGCUUCGUACUCAAUGGUAUCAUAGAACGCACUUGUCUGGCGGAUAGAACGUGGACGAAUGAGGCGCCAACAUGCGACAGAAUCAGCUGCGGGACAUUAGUUGAACCAGCUCACGGUGGCGUGGACCUCUCAGACGGGGUCAUGUUUGAAGAUGUAGCCUUCUUCUCGUGCGAUCCCGGAUAUCGGGUCACUAGUGGGGACCUCGAGCGAGUGUGCCUCGCAACUGAGCUAUGGAGUGGAAACACCCCCGUCUGCACAAUCAAUGUAUGCGCAACGCUACAGCAUCCCAAACACGGUUUGGUCGCCACUCCUAUGGGGAACACUUCCGGUGCGGUAGCGGAGUACUCGUGUGACGUCGGCUUCUCGAUCCUCGGGGUCAACAACCGAACGUGUGACCACGACGGGGUCUGGACAGGGGUCGCUCCGACCUGUGUGAUAACUGACUGUGGCCCCGUGCCCCAGGUUCCGCACGGCAAUGUGACGUACUCUCCCGGCACUGUUUACCGUUCAACCGUGAUGUUCACUUGUGACGACGGUGCUGGGUACGAGCUUGUGGGCGUGGCUAGUAGGAUUUGCCAACCGUCGGGACUCUGGAGUGACAUGCAGCCGUCGUGUGAACUGAAGGAUUGUGGACUCCCUAAAGCUGUCGCAAACGGUUUCUUCACUUACACAUCCACCGAUGUCCACUCCGUAUCGACCUACGCAUGUAACUAUGGAUACGGACUCGUGGGGUCAGCUGCUGUAACCUGUAUGACAUCCGGCUUCUGGGGACCGCUUCCGGUUUGUAGCUUAGAUUGCGGCGACCCGCCUGUAGUCGCGCAUAGUACCGUACACAUACCCACGAGGACUCUGGUGGGGGAUAAAGCGACCUACACGUGCAGCAACGGUUACGUUGUAAGCGGAAGUGCCUCCAUUCAAUGCCAGACAAGUGGUGCGUGGUCCAAAACGCCCAUAUGUUACAUAGUAACUAUGGGUUACGGCGAGGCAUGCGUUUCCACGUCUCAGUGUGACACCGACCAGGCUACAUGCCGGACAGACCGCGGUCAAAACAUGUGUCUGUGCGCGGCUAGCGGGGAGCUGUACGACGUACAGACGAACGUUUGUCUCAAAAAAUGCAAUGACCUCCCGGAAGCCCAAACAUUCCCGUACGGCUGGGUGGUCCUGCCGGAAGUCCCGUCGGCCGGUCAGAUCGCCGUAUAUUCAUGCGCAGCCGGAUAUGCUCUGCACGGGCACUCUGUGCGCAUGUGCCAGUCGGAUGGGCGUUGGAGCGGCGUGGAACCCAAGUGCUCAUUCGGCUGUCCGUUCCCGACGAACCCCCUGAACGGUUACGUUAACACUUCGGAAGGCCUAGUAGCCGGCAACCGUAUUCAGUACUACUGCAAGCCCGGUUAUGCGUUGAGAGGCGAGGAGUUCCGAGUGUGCCUUCAAGACUCCACGUGGAGCGGCUCGGAGCCGACAUGCGCUAUUGAAUGUGAGACGUUACCGGAAAUCAAGAACGGUUACAUCGACAUGUCUGACGGCCGUUGGGAGGGGGCCCACGUGAUAUAUGUAUGCCACAACAACUAUGCAUUGGCCGGGGACUCCAUACGGAAGUGCGAAUACACCGGCAGAUGGAGUGGCUUAGAACCAACCUGCGGCUUUGCGAUGUUCCCGGACAUUGUCUUGGCCCUUGGCGGUGUAUUGUUAUUUAUCAUUCUCGUGGACGUUUUCGUCAUCAUCUUCUUCCUCAUUUACAAGUUCCACAAGAAACCAGAGGUCAAGUUCGAUGAUAUAUCUAAGGAGGACGUUAAUAACACGACUGAGAUUGAAGACUUUGGAGAUAACCCGAUGGUCAAACCACAGGCAUUUUCGAUCUACGGCAAGAACUAUAAAGUACCAACGAUAAGUCACAACGACGAUCCCGCUACACCCCACCCACCGCCGCAACCCAAUCCUGCCUCGAAGAUUAUAUCCCUCUCCUUGUUCGACAAACCAAGCGCCGCGUGGAAAAAAAUAUUCAGGAAGGACCGGAAGUACGAACCGGGAGUUGAGGAAAGGUCGAAAGACGAUGAAGUCUACGCUUCUCGCCAUGCCUUGCAUGGAUUUCCGACGGGCCCAAGUCGAGAUGGUGAAUACCAGAACAGCGAUGAGCUCGAUCUGUCCUUUGACUCUCAAGAAAGCACAGCGUGACCUUUAGCUGAAAGACUAUCAGACUCCUUGUUUAAUUCUUGUUGAAUAUUGCUGAACUCCAAACAAGACACUCAGCUAUUUAAUUGAUGCUUAUUGAAGCCUCUCAGACGAGACGUUAACAUAUGAGUCGCGUUCUGAGAAAACUGGGUUUAAUGCAUGUGCGCAAAGUGUCAUCCCAGAUUAGCCUGUGCAGUCCGCACAGGCUAAUCAGGGACGACACUUUCCGCCUAAAUUUGAUUUUUGCUAAGAAGAGAUUUCAUUUAAACGAAAUAUGUCAUAAAAGCGGAAAGUGUCGUCCCUGAUUAGCCUCUGCGGACUGCACAGGCUUAUCUGGGACGACGCUUUACGCACAUACAUUAUGCCCAGUUCUCUCAGAACGCGACACAUAUUAUCAACUAUGCACGAUGAACAUAUUUGUGUUUAUCCGCUAUCACACAUGACACUCGCACAUAUUGCAGACACUCCCAUACAAGACUCUCGGGUAUUAUUUAUUUACAUGACGGAGUUAUGUAACUAUUAAACAAACUGUAUACGUGUACACAAUUGUAUUUAAUAAAUGUUAUUUGAACUCA